AUGCGUACCUUCGUUUUUCUCUUCGCUUGUUUAUCGCUGAUUGCCUCCGCAUGGGGUAACAACUUGAUUCUUGGCAUACGUAUGCCUGGUGAUGUUCUUGUCCAAUCUCGACCCAUCUUUAAGCCACCAGUGCCAGGUGUCAGUCACACAGUCACGAUUGACGUAACUGCACCACCCAACUACGUAAUCUCAUUCAUCAGUGUAAUCAACUUGAAUGCGAAGGUAAUAAAUGUCGUUCCUAUAAAAGGUUAUAUUGGAGGACAGUCGAUCGUCCUGUUGGGCAUUGGAAAACCGGGUUGGCCUCUUCUGAUGAAGGUUACCGCUUACGCUUUUCCUUCUCGAGACGUGAGCAAUUCCACAACAACUAGCACUACUCCUUUACCGACUACAAUUAAAUUAACCACAACUGAACCAACCACCAUUGAACCAACCAGCACUGAACCAUCCAGCACUGGAUCAACCACUACUGAACCAACCAGCACUGAACCAUCCAGCACUGAACCAUCCAGCACUGGAUCAACCGCUACUGAACCAACCAGCACUGGACCAACCAGCACUAAACCAUCCAGCACUGAACCAACCAGCACUAAACCAUCCAGCACUGGAUCAACCGCUACUGAACCAACCAGCACUGAACCAACCAGCACUAAACCAUCCAGCACUGGAUCAACCACUACUGAAACAACUAGUGCUGAACCAAUCAGCGCUGAACCAACCACUUCCGAAUGAACUACCCCUAUACUAAUCAUAUAACCAGCGAGCUAUAACAUCAAACCAACAAAUAUCUCCACAACUGGACCUACUAUUCCAUUUACAUUGGUAUCCUGAUAAAAUAUCUGUACCAAUACUUGCUGCAGUAUGGUGGAAAUGUUCUACAUUGAAUCUUGACACGCGACAAUAAGCGAGACAAUGAAAAUUAGCAGUUAGUUAAUUUUUUAUUAAUGUGUUCCGUACAUUUUCCAACUUCGUGUCAGCCAAGCAAUGUUCGUAUUAACGAUCUGAUAAAAGUGUUUAUAUAACAUUUUAAUAUUCUAUUCCCAGCU